AAGAAGGAACGUAUGUAGCAGUAAUGUCUGGCUGUUUUCUUCAACGCCAACAGCUUGGUCUGGUGGUAUAUGUGCAGCCAAGAUCCUCAGCAUCCAACCUCUGCAAAUACCAAGUAUAUGCGUGCAUGCCUCAAUGCGUCUCUGUGGGCUGCGUAUGCCCUGAGCACGUGUGUAGCCAAACUCAUACAGCAUUCAACGGCACUCAAACCCCAAACCCUAAUCCAAACAAAUAGGGACAUUUUUGU